AUGCGUUUUGAAAUCUCCGAUGAAGAUAUUAUGUUCAUUAGAGAUUGGAGCAUUCUAGAUCUAGAGGAAGGACCAGAACCAGGAUCGCGAUGGACGAUCAUGUUCGAUGGUGCUACCAAUGCUCAAGGAAAUGGAAUUGGGGCAAUCAUCACCUCUCCGUCUGGUUUCCAUCUCCCUUUCACUGCAAGAUUAUGUUUUGAUUGCGCCAACAAUAUGGCAGAAUAUAAAGCAUGCAUCUUUAGAUUAGAAGCAACUAUUGACCUAAGGAUCAAAAUCUUAGAAGUCUAUGGAGAUUCAGCCUUAGUAAUCAUCCAGAUUAAGGAAGAUUGGGAAGUUCAUGAUCACAAGUUGAUCCCAUACAAAGAACAUGUCCUGAAGCUAGUCCUGUAUUUUGAUGAGAUUACAUUUCACCAUAUUCAUCAAGAGGAAAAUCAAUUGGCAUAUGCUUUGGCUACCCUGGAAUCUAUGUUUAAGGUCAAGUGGAAGAAUGAAGUGUCAUCUAUCCACAUUGACUACCUGGAUGAACCAGCAUAUUGUCUGGCGGUUGAAGAAGAAUAUGACGGCCAUCCCUGGUUUCAUGACAACAAUAGGUAUCUGGAAAAUCAAGAAUAUCCAAAGGAUGCAUCCACCAUGGAUAAGAAGUACCUCCAAAAGUUCUUAGCUAAUUUCUUCUUAAACGGAGAUAUACUCUACAAGAGAAAUUAUGACUCGGUUCUACUCAGAUGCGUGGCUAGACACGAAGCGGACCGAAUCAUAAUGGAAAUUCACGAGGGAUCCUUUGGGACACACGCAAGUGGGCACACCAUGGUUAAAAAGAUAUUGAGGGUUGGUUACUAUUGGAUGACCAUGGAGGUUGACUGCUACCGCCACGUCCAAACGUGCCAUAAAUGCCAGAUUUAUGCAAACAAGAUCCACGUGCCACUGAUUCCACUCAAUGUGUUAAUAUCACCUUAG